AUGGGCCCUUUAGAGCAGUCGCUCGCCACUCUAGGCCUCACCGGUCUCGAGCAAGACGUCGAAACUGUCUCAGCCUUACCGUCCUCAGCCGUGCGUGGGGCCAGUGAGCACUCAACGCAACUUGAAGAGUUACCAUCGCGACCUGAUUGCUCGAAUACGCAACUUAACACUGUGUCAGAAGUGUCGGCAUCAUCAACUGAUCGUGUCGACGAGUACCAGACGAGUGACACGGAUCGCAACGGACAGUAUUUCGCUCAGCUGAAGAAUGACGUUAUCAUGGACAGUUCUACGUCCUCUGACGCUGUCAUCUGCGGCAUUCACGACUUUAUCCAAGAAGAGCGAAGGCGCAGCUUCCAUUUUCUCGCCAAAUACAGCCAUCGCCACAUGGACCAGAAAGAUCUUCUUUCCGCGUCUCUUGCGGGUACCGACGAUAUCGAGAACGUUUGCAAUCGAGCCGGUUUUCAUAUACCUACAAUGUACGACGGGCAAUGGUACACCUUUGCAGAGCUGCAGAGCCCUAAGAGUGUGCGGCAUACUGUUGCGAUUAAAGUCCUAACAGGUCACGAACCUAUUAUCGACAACAUGACAGUAUUCCAUUUUAAUGACGACAACGCAUACCUUGUCUCCCAGGCAACUACAUGGCUCCGAGAGACGUAUGACUGGCAUUCCGAAUACGAGUUGCAGUUCACCGAGAUGCAGUACGAGGAGCAGCGCAUGUGGUGGAAGAGUAACGGGAAUUCCUUUAGACUGCUGGAUCUUCCAUCUGAGAUGCGCGAAGCUAUCUAUCUUCACAUCAUCGGCCCUGUCGUUGCGCCAGAUCUCGCUAUGAUCCCCACGAAGACAUUAACGCUCGGUUCUGGCGUCUUGUAUGAUGACGGAAGCGGCUCUCAUCGUAAUCGAGAUCCCGAUAUUGAGCGACCCAACAUGACCAUCAUGCGCGUGAGCAAACAGGUACGAAAUGAAGCCAUGGAAGUAGCAUAUCGCGACACUACCAAACGGUUCUGCGCACUGGGUGCACGACACUUUCACUCCUUGGAUGAAAGAUACGAGCAGCUCGCAUCGGUCGCGACUAUUUGGACUAGCAUUCGCAGCUUCUCUCCACAUGCUUCUUUUCUGCGAAAUAUUCAGCUCGAGAUGUCUGCUGCAAUGUUUUUUCGCUUCAUCGGUAUUCACCCGAUCCGCCACGUACCACUGUAUGUGAUUAGAGAAGAGGGUCCAGUCCACGUCAAUACGCUGAAGACCUUCCCGGCCCUUCAAAACCUCGACUUCCGAUUCUUCAGCCCUAAGCACAAAAACGCCGUAUGCCCCUGGGCCCGAGCUCUCGGCACCGACGGUAACGACCCACACUCCUGCCAAAAAGAAUGGAUAGACUAUUUUUUCGUGUUCGCAUGGGACGCGCUGAGAGGCCUAAAUGAGACACAGACGGCUUUCAAGGCCCCAAAAUGUGUCACAUACAGCCUCAGCGGCUGCGUGAAGAACUCCACGCGCAAACAUUGGCAGCACCUUCUCAACGAUAAACGAGUAGACCACACUCCGAAGAUCAAAUCAUGGGAGGAGCAGAUUCGGCUCAAGAAGACAAAUGACGGCAUCAUUCCCUGUAGCUGCUCAACGUCGUGCGCCGUUGGAGGCCCGCCGCUAUUCCAGUGCAGUGAGCAUGAGGUUCGCAGGAUUGAGGGGCUACAGACUGAGAUGGAUAAAUAUUACUGGGACUUUGAGGACUAG